AUGUAUUUGCUGGAGAGGGUUCACCCGUCGAUUCAGGCUGCCGUGGAUCGCAUCUUGACGGGAGCGAACAAAACCCCUGACGCGGUCGUGCGGGACUUUGACGGAUGUGAGUAUCACAUUCAUGUCGAGUGGAAGGCGUCGCGAGUCAACGAGAAGGAAGAGGAAAUCGGAACUCACCCCACAUCGCAGAGAGAAGCGCAUUUUGCCGCCGUCACCAUCGCGCUGCGGCACUCCACACCAUUUAAAGAAUUGAAUGCCCAUCGCAACUUUGAUGACGUUCUUCCGACGCUUUUUUCUACCGCCACGCGGAAGUUUGUGAUGAAUGACGCGAACAGCCGUAGCGACGGUGCCUUCGUGGCGGAAGUUCACAUACCCGCCGGUGUUGCAGCAACCGUGCGGAAUGAGGCGCUGCAGUCGGCAGCGCAGUUGCGGAUAUGGAGCUAUAUCCCUGUGUUUGCCAGACAGUGCGAGCUGUUUCUGUCGCAGCCAGAGACCCCCCUGAAGCCUGUUGUCUUGCACUACCACACGGAGGAGGCGAUGGUGCUGUUUAGCAGCAAGGGAAACUUCAUUGUCGCCAUCGCAUUGCGCUCCGCAUCCAAGGAUGAGGCAGUAUUCACACGGCACUUUUUGCAGGCCAUGAUGGAUGCGAAAAAACUACAGCGGGAGAUCAGUGCGGCACCUGCAUUCGUGUUUGACCACGGUAAGCCUCCUGCUUCUCUUCCAGGGAAUCUAUCCGUGUCAUCUUUGACGGAUGCGAAUGUGUUUUGGUGCAGUUUUCAGCUCUUCCGGCGACACAUGGAGCCCAAAGAACAUCUCAUAGAGGCCGUCACCCAGCUUGUAAACUUCCGUAGCACACUCGCCUAUCACAUUCAUGCCGGUAGAACGUACAUGCAUGCAUUGAUGCGGAAAAGAGUAGAGAGCAGCAUGCAGGUGCUUAACAGGGCGAAGACGAAAACAACAGGCAAAGCCAAGGUUACACUGCACUGA